CGUUUUAAUUUUUAGGAGGGGUGUUCUAUUACUUCACGUCCACAUCGAUGGACAGCACGGACGCGUAAUAUCCAGAAACAUCCGAUCAAGAAUAUAUCACAAUGAAUACAUCGAUGCAAAAUAAGAAAUAUUUCAUUUAAUAACACAGUUACACGUUCCUCCAGGCUCCACCUAUCUAAACUGUCCUGACUGAGGAGGAGUGAGUGCCUCCUGAAUCUAUUCGCAGCUGCUCCGUCGCUACCACGAUCCACUCCAGUCCGGAUUUGGCAAGGAAGGAAACAGCUGCUGUAACGUAUUAGCAAAUUCAAGAGAGAAGAUACAGGCAACAGCAGCAGCAGUGGAAUAUGAGGGGUGUAAAGGAGUCACUGGGGCAGUUUUGGAGAGCGCUGAGGCAGCCGUAGAGGAUCAUGGCCGAGGACUAUUGGGAGCGCGCGGCGGCUUUGGGAUCAUAUUAUUACUGCUGUUAAGAUUACACGAGCAACGCACACUCCUACACACACACACACAAGGGAUCUCAAGUCCACGGGGCGUUUAAACAGUGGCAGCCCCACCACCCCCCUCAUCUCGGCCCCCCUUGCCCCCAAUAAUGGACCGUAUGAGGAAGAUCAAAAGGCAGCUGUCCCUGACGCUGCGGGGGGGUAACAGCGGGGAUAAGAACAUGAACGAGACCAUCGGCACUCAGGACACGGGAGCACACAGCGAUUCGGAGGCCAUGCCAGUUGGCGGCAGUCUGCGGGGUUCAGUGAGAGGUUCGGGGGGUUCCUUCAGCAUGCACUCCCUCCUGCAGUCGUACAGCAGCGCCCUGCGCAGACCACGCAGCCUGGGCCGCAGUCUCAGCUCCUAUCUCAACCACACCACGCGCCUCGAGAUUGUCCAUGAGGAUGUUAAGAUGGGUUCAGACGGAGAGAGCGAUCAAGCUUCGGCCACGUCCUCCGAUGAGGUGCACAGCCCCGUUCGAGUUCGACUGAGAAACAACCCCGGUCGCAAAAUAUCCACAGAGGACAUUAACAAGCGUCUUUCUCUGCCUGCCGAUAUCCGGCUUCCUGAUGGCUACCUAGAGAAAUUCAGCCUCAACAGUCCACUGUUUGACAAACCGCUCAGCCGAAGAUUACGAAGAGUAUCUCUGUCUGAGAUUGGAUUUGGGAAGUUAGAGACAUACGUAAAACUGGAUAAACUGGGAGAGGGCACUUAUGCUACGGUUUAUAAAGGGCGCAGUAAAUUGACGGAUAACUUGGUGGCUCUUAAGGAGAUCCGAUUGGAGCACGAGGAAGGAGCGCCAUGCACCGCCAUCAGAGAAGUGUCUCUUCUGAAGGACCUGAAACAUGCCAACAUUGUGACUCUUCAUGACAUCAUUCACACUCAAAAGUCUCUGACGCUGGUGUUUGAGUACCUGGAUAAAGACCUGAAGCAGUAUCUAGACGACUGUGGAAACUGCAUUCAUAUGCACAAUGUCAAGCUCUUCCUGUUUCAGCUGUUGCGAGGUCUAAACUAUUGUCACAGACGUAAAGUCCUUCACCGAGACCUCAAGCCCCAAAAUCUCCUGAUCAAUGAUCGCGGGGAGCUGAAACUGGCCGACUUUGGUCUGGCACGAGCAAAGUCGAUUCCCACGAAGACUUACUCCAAUGAAGUGGUGACCCUCUGGUACCGACCCCCUGACAUCUUAUUGGGCAGCACAGAUUAUUCCACUCAGAUUGACAUGUGGGGUGUUGGCUGCAUCUUCUACGAGAUGUCUACGGGUCGGCCUUUGUUCCCAGGAUCCACAGUUGAGGAGGAGUUGCACUUUAUCUUCAAACUGCUCGGUACACCCACAGAGGAGACCUGGCCUGGAAUAACCUCCAAUGAGGAAUUCAUCUCCUAUAACUACCCCCGAUACCGCGCCGACUGUCUCCAUAACCACACUCCACGAUUGGAUAACGAUGGAGUUGAACUUCUUUCUAAACUGCUGCAGUUCGAGGGGAAGAAACGGAUGUCGGCGGAUGAAGCCAUGAGACACCCGUACUUCCACUGCCUGGGCGAGAGAGUUCUCACACUGCCAGACACUACAUCAAUAUUUGCACUUCAAGAUAUUCAGCUGGAAAGGGAGCCGGGCAUGAGGACGAACUCUCUGUCAGAAUCAGUCAACAGCAUAUCUCAGCGACAGAGCCUGCUCUUCUGAGGACACGGGACAGAUAAGAGCAAGAAGACUGAAGACGUGAUGUUGAAGAUGAAGGGAUGUUUUUUUUUUUCAUUUCACUGACUGAGUCAUUGCUAGUCCUGUGGCAUUAUAUGUAUGGAAGGGGUCACUGUAGCUGUUUACAAAGAGAGGCUGACUACAAAGUCAUGUUUUUUUUGUCGAUUGUGAACUUUUUUUGCACCCCUGUGUACAUUACAAACAUGUUUGCUGUACCCUCUCAACCACUGUAUGUAACCAAUCAGACGCCGAGUCCUGUUGAAUAUCGGAUGACUUGUGAAGGUUUCCAGUGCAUAGCUUCUUCUUCCAUUGACUGAAACGAAUCAAUGCGUUUUUGUAAUACUUUUCAAUUGUAAUGUGUGUAAAAGGAAGGUCAGUUUAUGAAGGAUUCUGCAUGAAUAUCAGACCACAAUAAGCCAAGUUAAUAUAAGUGAUAGAUUAUCACUGUAGUCUUCCAUGUAAUCAGCCCUCCUAUCCAAAAACCUAAGGUUUAGUACUAUGCCAACACAGUUAUUGUGUGAUCAUCAUCAUCAUCAGUCAUCAUUUAUGUUCAUCAAAAGAUUGAAAUGAUACUGUAUGUCAGUCUUGCUUCAAUGUUGUGUUUGACUUUUGUUUGCGGAGUCAUUUCACUUAUAAUUGUUGUUUACUUGUGUUUUUUUUUGCCAUGCAAUACAUUUUGAUAAUCUUGAUGGUCACCAAAGACCCCAUGUUUCCUCUCCCAUCUGGUUUAACAUGGUUUGAGCUUCCAUAUCCAUCAACGUGUUCAAUAUAAACCCAAUGAAGAAUCAGCCACACUGUGUCGAGGGCGAACGUUGGCAAGGAUUUCUCCGAUGGUUCCUGCAGACACCUGGUCCAUGCCAUUUUGAUAAUUCUUCCAUUACCACAGCACUUAGGCUGUCACUCGGGGUGAAAACUGAUCUGGGUUCAGUCGGUGAGAUGAGGCCGAGGAUUGUGUGGAGAACGGGUGGACUUGUAUAGAGCUCGACUUUCUGUCACUUUGCCGAACAGCUGAGCGUGGUACCGCAUCUCUGGCCGGUUGUUCAUACAGGAUUUAGUGCGCGUCGGUGUCGUGUAACACUACGAAUUUAACACAUUAGGUUUCUCUGGAUGUACAAACCAAGGCACAAUAUCAGUCUACAGUCCAGCAAAGUGAUUUUGCGUGAAUCUCAUGACACCUGUCAAGAAUAUGUCUGGGUCAAAUUACAUCUCAAAUCAAAAUGAAGAAGAAAGAUGUUUGCAAAAAGACAAUAAAACACUUUUACCACCAUUUAGAUAUUACAGAGCCCCUAAGGUGAAAUCUUCAUGUGCAGAAUUUUUUUUAAAGUUCAGUUUCGCGUGCGCACGUGAAACUUUCGCUUUCUUGUACGCACGUGAUAGUUUCACGUGCACACGCGAAACUAAACUUAAAAAAAAAACGUGAAACCUGCGCGUGCGCGAAACUAAACGCAAUUAAAAAAAAAUUCUCUUUUGUUCCCUUAGGGGCUCUGUAGGAUGUUUUGCAAUUAGCAUGUGUUUUUCUUUCUUUAUUGAUUAAAGGUAAUCUUAUUUCUACACUGCAAAAAAUGAUUUUCAAGAAAAAUAUUCUUAGUUUUUUUUCUUGUUUUUAGUAAAAAUAUCAAAAAAUUCUUAAAUUAAGAUGCUUUUUCUUGAUGAGCAAAAAAACAAGAACAAAGUCUAGUUUUUAGACCAAAAAUAUCAAAUUUAAGUGAUUUUUAAAAAAUCUGCCAUUGGGUAAGCAAAAAAAUCUUGAACAUUUUUCUUAAACACUAAACUCAAGAAACAUUACCUUACCCCAUUGGCAGAUUUGUUUGCUUGUUUUAUGCACAAAAUCACUUAAAUUUCAUAUUUUGGUCUAAAAACUAGACUUAUUUUCUUGGGUCAUUUUGCUCAUCAAGAAAAAGCAUCUUAAUUUAAGAACUUUUUGAUAUUUUUACUGAAAACAAGACAAAAAAAAAUCAUUUUUUGCAGUGUAUAAUGUGAGUUUAGUUACAUUUUUGUAUGUUAUACAUUUAAAUACAGUUGUUGUUUUAGUAUAAUUUAUUUUAAGGCAGUAUAAUACACAUUUCAGUAUUCUUUCAUAUAGCAAUUAUUGUAAUAAAACGUUCAGAAUCGUCAUUUAGGAAAAUGAGUGAUAUUAAACAACCUUACAUUGUUACAGUAAGGGGAAAUUGCAGAUAAAAUGUGCAAAUGCAAAAAAUAUUAACGUUCCCCAAAAAACAAUCAUUUUCUUUCAUGCAAAAUAUUUUUUAUUUGAGUUUGAGAUGAAAUAUGACCCAGAUAUUUCUUGUGAGAUUUACCUCUAAGCUUGAAUGCUGAGCAGUGUUGCCAGGUCCAGUUAUUAUAAGCGUCUUUGUCAGUGUUUUUCCACCUAAUCACUUUAAGAAGUUGUUAGAGUCAGAAGUUAGGGUUAGUUUUUUGUUUGAAUUGCAAAAAAUAGCAAUUUUUUUGUUUCGUAUUUUUUUGUAACAAGAUCUGGCAACACUGAUGCAAUUAAGGCUCGGUUUCAAUCAGGGGAUGGAUAAUAUUUUACGUGAAUAUGUCAUUUUUUUAUUUCAAGCAAUCCCAAAAUGUUAUCUGGUGAUAGACUGUGACCUUCCUUCCUCGCUGUUGGAGAUCACCUGUGAAUAUCUGUUUGCUAUGUGAUUGUGAGUGUGUAUUUGAGAGAAAGAUGCUCACAUUGGGGGAAAUAUAACAGUCUUGCAUGGCAGUAUUGUGGUACAUUGUAAAUAUGAGAAGUGAAGCGUGCAAUGAGAAAAUCCUCCUAACAAUAUAUCAUUUUAAAGAUGAUCAUUUUUGUUAUACUCAUCAUUGAUGACGUUGUUAAUUGUGUUGUACAGUAGUAACCGAGUGACGUUACUACCGUAGGAGAUUUAUGUGUUGUAGAUAUUUGGUUUGGAUGUUUGUUAGGAUGAAAAUGGCUCAUGUUCAUUUAAUACUUUCAUCUGAAAUGUGGCUAGUGAAAGGGCUUUGGUGGCUAUAUGUGUGCUUGUGUGGUAGCCAACUUUUCAUUACUGCGCAAUAAUUGCUAAUUUACGCAAUAACAUCUAUAUCUCUCUCUCUCUCUCUUUUUUAUAAAAAAAUUCACCCAGUUUCAAACAGCUAUGAUUUCUCCAAACAAUGCAAACAUACACAAUUUAUGGCAGAAACGGUUUUAAUGUGAAAUCUAAUAAGUGUGACUUUUAAUGCUUUUAUACUUGGAGACAUCUGAGCCAGUACAGACUUAUCCUCUGUAAACGGUUUUAAUGUUGGGCAUACAAGACAAAACUUGAUGAUUGAUCAGUAUUAUUUUCUUUUCCUAUUUGUAUUAUGUUUUUCCAGCUGGUCUAUGAGAUGAGAUGCAGUCGGCUUUUAUAUAAAUCAAUACUGUUUAAAGCAGUAUAGACCAACACAUUAAGCAAUACUCACUGAAAAUGCACAGGAAAUACUCUCAGAUAAUCAUGGUAUAUUUUUUCGGUUGACAAUAAGUUCAUAAUGCAUAUAAGAAUGGCCAUACUUUCUGUAUAAAUCAAGGGAUGUUAACCCUGAAUAACUAUUGUAAAAUGUUUGAUGCAAUGCUGAAAAAUCCCUUUUUUUUAUCCUUUGUGUUGUUGUAAAUGCAGUAGUCAUUUUCUUCUUCAUAAAAUAUGUGAUGUUCAGAUGUAUGUUGAAAACCUUAACUGGUUAUUACAAUGCAGAAGUAUUGCUGACUGUUAUUUCCAGAUGCUUGUAUGAUUACUGAGUUUAUUUCCAACAAACAUGAGCCAUCUUUAUCAAACUUGAGACUCAAAACAUUGGCACAAACUGUAAAGCAUUUUAUUUGAUUGUUUUAAGAAAUAGAGAUAUUUAAAUGUAA